AAUUUUAAUAAAAUUAAUUUUACAAUGUUAUUUAAGUGAUGAAAAAAAAUUAAUUAAUGGUUAAUUUUUUCUGAAUUUAUUAUUCAGAGAUGUAAGGAUUUUUCACCUGACAUUGUUUACUUCAGGAGAAGAAGAAUUAAAAUGCCAACAGUUGAAACAGCAGCAGCAGUACCAGCUGUUGUUGUUGAGGAUGUUGAUCCAUCUGAUGAUUUGGAUGAACCACCAGGUGAUAGAGGAAAUGAACGUAUUGGUCAACCAAGUGGACGUACUGGUUUAAUGAAACCACUGGUUGUACUAGCAUUACCUGGCAUGUAUUUAUUUUAUAAAUACAGUCAAUAUCGUCGUGAGCAACGUGAAUUAUCAAGACGAAGUAUAACUGAACGCGAGCUACAACAUUUACAUCAUAAAAUUGAUAAAUUACUGACGAAACUCGAAGAAAAUGAACCGGAACUUGCAUCCUCACAAGAAGAUGAAUGUGUUAUUUGUGUCAAUGCACGUGCAACAAUGCAAACAGCACCUUGUGGUCAUCGUGUAGUUUGCAGACGCUGUUUUGUCAAGACAAUACAAAUGGCUGUAUCACAAAGAUUAUUACCAUUGAGAUGUGUUAUUUGUAGGGCAAAAAUAUUACGACUUAAACAGACGUUAAUUCCUAGAGAUUAUUCAAUGUCAGGUAAAUCAUGGGUACUACCACAGAGUGCUUCAGAUUACAGUAUGGCUGCAAGUUCAAGUAGUGGAAUUGUAAAUGGUACAGGUAGAUGGGGAACUGGUACUGUACCAGCAUCAGCAUCAUUGUAUUCAAUGUCAAGUGGUACAUCUUCCUUGUCUGGUGUGUCUUCCGUAUCAUCAGCAACUUCAUCAUCAACAAAUAGUAGUGGUAGUUCGUCAAUUAUUAAACCACAACGUCUUAGACAACCAACUGGUACAACACUCAGACGUACUCAAACACAAUCAAUGAAAAUGAGAUUACAGGAAUAUCAAGAUCCAAUUCAACAAAUUGCUGAAGAUGAUGAUGGAAGAGAUAAUCGAGAAAAACGACUGCCACCAAUCAAAGAAUUUCAGCGUGAUUUUAGAGCUGGAAAAGCUUCCACAAGACUUAGAUGCGCACAGAAAAUCGUGACACAACUAGAGAUAUCACCGAGUCACCGAAUACCACCCAACAACCCAACGACCUCGACAUCAUCAGCACCUUCUUCAUCAUCAUCAUCAUCAUCGACAACAAUAACAAAUACCACACGUUCAUCAUUGACAAAAAGGCCAACAGUAACUUCUAUUAGAACAACACUGACACCUGCUCAAGAAGCACAAAAAGCAAAAAAAGAAAAGGAAAAAGAAAAAGAAAGAGAAAAAGCUGAAAAAUUACGUCAAAAAGAAGAAGAAAAAGCUGAAAAAGCUAGACAAAAAGAAGCUAAAAAAUUAGCUAAAGAAGAAAAAAAAAGAGCAAAAAAAGAAGCUAAAGCUAGAAGAAAGGAAGCUGAAGAAGCUCUUCUUAAAGAUGACAAGUAAUUAAUUAAUUAAAACAAAUUUAAUAAUCACAAUAAACUUUUAAUAUUUCUUAAUUUCCUGCCAAUAAAAAGGCCGGUAAAUUUAUUUAUUUUUUAUCCAAAAAAUAUAAUAAAAAGUUCAACUGAAUUUUUAAUGAUUAAAAAAAUAUGAUAAUAAUAAUUUUAAAACAAUAAUAUUUGAGUUUUAAUGAGAGUUCAAUUGACUGGCCUUAAAAUUCAUUUAAAAAAAAAAAAAAAAUACAAUUAAUAUAUUAUAUAAAUAGUUAAACAAUAGAAACAAUAAAAAAUAUGGAUUUGAAAGGGAAAAUAAAAUAUUAAUAAAAAAAAAAAAAAAUAAACAAUUUUAAUGAUGAUUAAUUCUUUUAAAAAAAAAUAUUAAUAAUAAAAAUUUUUAAACAACUUAAUCUUCAUUUUAUUGAAGCAAUAUCGAAACGGCUUAAAGCAAAAAAAAAAAAUAAAUAAAUAGAAGUGGCCAAAAAAUUAUAUAUCGAAUUGAAAAAAAAAAUUUUAUUCAAUGACUAGAAUUCAUAGUAAAAAUUAUAAUAAAUUUAAAAAAUGAAGGAUGUGAAUAUAAUUUUCCUUCAGUCAAUUCAAACUUAUACUAGCCUAGAAAAAAUUGAUUAGAAAAAAAAUUUUAGAAUUAAUUAUAUAAAAAAGAUCAACAAAAAAAUAAAUUAAAUAAAAUAUAGAAAUUGUUUUUUUUUUUUUUUAAAUUUAAGUUGUAAAUUUCUAUAGAAUGUUUUUUACACCGAGCUAAAAUAAUAAUAGUGAUAAUAAAUUAAUAAUCAAAAUGUUUUUCUGCUCGAUUAAGAAAACAAUAAUAAAUAUAAUAUCAAAAAAAUGAAAAAUAAAUUUUUUAGAUACUUCAAGUUUCGAAAUAAUUAUCAUAUAUCAUUGCUUAUAAUUUUUUUAAUUUUAAUUUUGAUAAUUUUGUUAAUUAUUAAUUAAUAAAAAAAAAAAAAAUUUAUUCAUUGAUAAUGUGUGAAUAUUCUUACGCAGAUUUUGGACAUGAUUUUAAUUACAGAAUUGUUUUUUUUCUUUUUUUUUUAAAAAAUUGAUUGAUAAAGAAAAAUGAGAAGAAAGAGGGAAAAAAAAAUCGAAAAUCUCGACGCACAUAUCAAAACGAAAAAAAAAAAAAAAAUAUAUUGGCUUUUAGUAGAAUGGCUAGUUUACCC